CAGGCGCUCUGUACACGGGUCAGAAGGUACGGCAUAAGUUGAGCCGCUCUUGAGACUCUCUCGUCGAGUCGGGAACCACGUUGGCAACGCACACCGCCCAGUCACCGCGCUCCCACAAUAACGACAUAAGACCACACUCUUGUCAACUAAAACACAGGACACUGGAGAUAUGAACAAGACAGCCACUACUUCAAGUCGUAUCUUGGACAUCCCGUGCAAAGUAUGUGGUGAUCGGAGUUCUGGUAAACACUACGGUGUGUAUGCGUGUGAUGGAUGCAGCGGAUUCUUUAAACGAAGUAUUCGACGGAACCGACAGUAUGUAUGUAAGAAUAAAGGCAAUGGUCCAUGUCCAAUUGAUAAAACACACAGAAAUCAAUGUAGAGCAUGCCGACUGAAAAAAUGUGUACAAGUCGAUAUGAACAAAGACG